CAUUUACAAUUUUUUUUAAAGAUUAAGAAAUAUACACAUGCCCAUAUUCGAAAAUUAGUAUGUUAGAAAAACGCAGUGUGUAAGUAGUGAAUACUUAAGCAAAAAUAAAUUUUGUAGUUUUCAUGUCACUCUGUUGCGUGCUAAAAUCUAUCAACACAGUUGCUGAUGUGCACAACUAACAACUGUUUUACUUCAAUAGAGUUUGCCAGCCGUUAUUGAAACAAAAAGUUAUUCAGUGUAAAAACUAAAAAAGCAAUGCCGAAGUCUAAAAUUACCAAGAGUUUAAAAAUUCACACUCUGAUUGCCGAGUUUGGUUCGGAUGUAUUUUGUACCGAUGGGACCGUUUUAUUUUGCAAUAUUUGUUCAGUAAAAGUUAAUCACGAAAAAAAAUAUUAUAUACAGCAGCAUAUUAAAAGUGAAAAACAUAUAAAAGGAUUACAAAUAAAGAAAAACAAGACCCAAAUGAUAGCACCAUUUGUGGAAAAGAAUGUAUUUUACGCAGAUAUUACUAAAAUGAUGAUUGCAUGCGGAAUUCCACUUUAUAAAUUGAAGAGUGUGGAAUUCAAAUCAUUCUUUGAAAAAUACGUUCAGGAAUCCCUUCCCGAUGAAUCAACUCUUAGAAAAAAUUACGUGAAGGAUUGUUACGAGUCCGUUUUGCAGAAAAUUCGUUUAGAAAUAGGAGAAAGCCCCAUCUUUGUGUCCAUCGAUGAAACUACAGAUAAGGCAGGCCGCAGUGUAACCAACGUUAUUGUUGGACCGUUGCGUGAAAGCGGACGCGGCUAUCUCUUGACGGUGGAGGUGUUGGAUAAGGAUUCCAACGUGAAAAAGUGUUGGUAUUUGUGACUGAUGCAGCACCCUACAUGAAGAAAAGUGCGUCAUCAUUGAAGCUGCUUUAUCCUAAUAUGAUUCAUAUCACCUGCGUCGCACAUGGCGUACACCGGGUCUGCGAAUCUCUACGCUCGAAGUACUCAGAUGUUGACGUCUUAAUUUCAAACUUAAAAAAAGUUUUCUUGAAAAGCCCAUUCAGGGUGGCAGUUUUCAAAGAAAUGGAACCCAAUCUUCCUCUGCCUCCUCAGCCGGUGAUAACUCGAUGGGGCACAUGGCUAAUUGCAGCCGUAUAUUAUGCCGAAAACUAUGAUUCCAUCAAAAGAAUAAUUGACCAAAUAACGGACGAUGCAGCAUGUGUCAGUUUCUCGAAGCAAUUGUUGAGCAAAAAAUCGGUUCAGGGGAAUUUGAUAUAUAUAAAAUGCAAUUUUGGGUUUCUUUUAGAG